AUGGGGCAUAUGUAUCUACAUGCCACCAUUGUACAUGCCCUAAUACACCUCUCUUAUCCCCCGAAAAAAAAUACAGCUCUCUUAUUGCUCUCAGCAGCAUUGGCAUUUGCCAGUCCCGUACCACAGAACCAACAUUCCACAAUGUCCAACGGCACCAUGAGCCAACUGACGCCGGCGCCCGAUGCGUGGAACUUCGCGCCGGACGAAGCCCUCCUCGGCCUGUCGGCGCUGUCGGUGCGCUCCGUGCUGGGCAGCAUCAAGGCCGGGAUGGACCCGGGCAGCGACCGCCCGGUGAUCCCGCUCGGGCACGGCGACCCUUCGGCAUUCCCGUGCUUCCGCACUGCGCCGGAGGCCGUGGAAGCCGUCUCCGCCGCGCUCCACUCGGGGGAGCACAACUCCUACCCCACCGGCGUCGGGCUGGAGCCGGCGCGGCGCUCCAUCGCGCGUCACCUGUCCCUCGACCUGCCCUACGAGCUCUCCCCGGACGACGUCUACCUCACGAGCGGCUGCUCCCAGGCGAUCGAGAUCGUCUGCUCCGUGCUCGCCGGCCGUCCCGGCGCCAGCAACAUCCUGCUCCCGCGGCCCGGGUACCUGUUCUACGAGGCGCGCGCCGCGUUCAACGGCAUGGAGGUCCGCUACUUCGACCUCCUCCCGGACAGCGACUGGGAGGCGGACCUCGACGCCGUGGAGGCCCUCGCCGACGGGAACACCGUCUGCAUGGUCCUCGUCAACCCCGGCAACCCCUGCGGCAACGUCUACAGCUACGACCAUCUCGCCAAGGUCGCCAAGACGGCGAGGAAGCUUGGCAUCUUCGUCAUCGCUGACGAAGUGUACGCGCACCUGACGUUCGGGAAGAACCGGUUCGUCCCGAUGGGCGUGUUUGGCUCCGUGGCCCCGGUGCUCACCCUGGGAUCCAUCUCCAAGAGAUGGGUGGUGCCUGGAUGGCGGCUUGGAUGGAUCGUGACCAACGAUCCUAAUGGUGUAUUUCGCAGGACCAAGCUUGUGGAAAGCAUCAAGAGUUACCUUGACAUCUCCUGUGAUCCUGCAACGUUUGUUCAGGGAGCAAUCCCAGAACUCCUGGAGAACACAAAGCAAGAAUUCUUCAACAAGACCGUGGACAUUCUCAGACAAACCGCAGAUAUAUGCUGGGAGAAGCUCAAGGGCAUCUGUGGCAUCACUUGCCCAAGCAAACCAGAGGGCUCCAUGUUUGUAAUGGUGAAACUGGACUUGUCCUGCCUUCAGGACAUCAAAGAUGACAUGGACUUCUGCUGCAAGCUGGCAAAAGAGGAGUCAGUGGUUGUUUUGCCAGGAUGUGCUGUGGGAUACAAGAAUUGGGUCCGGAUCACGUUCGCAAUCGGGCCGUCUUCUCUCGAAGACGGCCUUGACAGGCUCAAGUCCUUCUGCUCGCGACACAGCGAGACUAAGAAGUGA